AUGAAAUUAAGUCCUAUAAGAAAAAAAGUAAACUCCUCACUAAUUGUGAGAAAAAGAAUCCCUUCUUAUUUAAGAAAAGAAAAAAUUAAUUUAACAAAAAAUAAUAACAAUUUUGACAAAAAAAGUGUAAAAUAUAAUCAAGUUCCACAAUUUGUUCAGGAAAUAAAAAAAUUCACCAAAAAAAAUGGACUUCUCCAUGAAGAAUAUAAUAACAGUGAAAUAAAUAAAAAUAAGUACAUAUAUUUAAACAAUUUGUUAAAUGAAAUUCCAAAAAAUAAAACUCUUUUAACAUCAUCCUUGAUACAUGAUAUAUAUCGUUGUCUAUAUAAACUCAAUUAUAUAAAAAUUGAUGUCUUUUGUACCCUUUUUAGUAUUUUAAUAAAUAACACUAUAAACUUCACCAAAAUUAGUGGUUAUGUGCAUUGUGACUUCAAGGAAUUAAUAAACAUUACAAAGUAUUUAUAUCAUUUUCAGAAUAUUUGCAAUUCUAAUAUCCAGACCAUUAUAAAUGAUUGCCAAGCCAUUGUUAAUCUUCGAAUCGUACAGAGGUUCCUAAAUGAGUAUGGGAAAAAUAACCCUUCCUCUAGUAACACACAUAAUGGAAAAAUACAAACAUACAUUUAUAACUACAUUGUAAAAUAUAAAAAUAUAGAAAAUGUAGACAUUCUUUUAUAUGCCUUAUUAAAAAGGAAACAGGAAUAUGCUCUCAAGGGAGUUGAAAAAAAUAAAGUACAAGUAGGUGAUGAAAAUUUUACAAUUUUAAAAAAAAACCUUGUUCUAGACAAAGCCAUUGUAACAAAAGACAAAAACAGAAUCCAACAAAGUUGUAAAAAUGAUACAUUGUGUAUUUAUCCAUCCAAUGAAGGUAAUCAUGAAAUUGCAAGUGAUGUAGAAACGGGUCAAUUUGGUUACUUAAACGAUGGAGGAGAUGGAAAUGUUAAGAGUGUUCUUCACACAGAAGAAGAACAAGAAAAUUUGAUAGUUGAUUAUAUAAACAGUUUUUACAAACUAAAUGAUAUGUUCAAUUUUUUACUAAAUAAAGUGCUAUCAUAUUUCAAUGAGCAUACACAUAUUUUUGACUUUUACCAUUUAAAGCUUCUUUUUUUUUUUUUGGGGAAAUUCAAAAAAUAUGAUGUAAACUUAUUAGAAAAAAUUACCAACAGGAUUAUUGAAGAAAUAGAAAAGAUAAAGACGAAUCCAAAACUUCUACAUAAUGAUAGUAUAUUAGAGGAAAAGCAGAAAUAUAACUAUGCAAGCAAUAGAAUUAAAAAAUUAAGGAAAAAAUAUUUAAAUACAUUUUUCAAAAUAGAUUCUAAAGAAUUUCUUACCAUUCCUUAUACAAUUGGACUUUCAAUGAAUACAUAUUUUAAUAACUAUUUAAUUGAAUAUGUAAAUAUAUAUAUAUUAAGUUUAAUUAAUUCCAGAGUUAAUUGUGACAUGGUCAAUUUUGUAUACUGCUUGAUAGGAUAUAAGCACAUUAUGCUACAUUUUUUUAUUUUGUUCAAUAUAUUUUUAUUUAAAGAAAAAUGUAAAAAAAAUCCGAAAAUAUUAACGAAAUAUAGUAUCUUCUUCAAUCGGUUAGUAAAAAAUGGUGAAAGACAUGACCUAGAAGCUUCAAUGGGAAAAACGAGAAGGGUAGAAAUUGACCAGACGAAUCAAUUGAGUAAGACACAUUUAAUGCAAGAAAUAGAUCAGACAGAAAAUUCCUUUAUCCAUUUUAAUAGUACACAUGAAGAGGACAAUAAGCGUGUCCCCAAAAAUGCGGACAAGUUGUUCAAUUGUGAUAUCCAGUUGGAAAAUUUGAAAAAUUUAUAUGAAGAAACAAACUGCAUAAAUAAUCUCAAUUUUACCCACUCAAAUUACAUAAAAUUGAAUGAUAAAAUGGAUUGUGCUGUAAGAAGCCCAGAAGACAUUUUCAACUUGCUACUAAAGGAAUUUCAAAUGAAUGUAAACAAUAUAUUCCUAAUAAACUUUGAUAAACAUUCCAUGUAUCAAACAUAUAACAGCGAACAACUUGGGAAAUUUUAUUUUCAUUACAAAAAAUUAUUUAAUAAAGUAUUUAAUUAUGCUAUAUUUCUACUGAAUAAGUAUGAUCCAGAUAAUAUGCUUCGCAUUUACAAAAAUUUAAAGUCCCAUUCAUUAAAUGAUGAAAUAGUAAAGCAGUUAUACAUUGAAGUACUUUAUGAGAAAAUCGUUUUUAAUUCGGAAAAUAAAAAAAAAGUUUCAAGUUUGUUGAAAUGUAUUUCCAAUGAAUAG